AUGUUGGGCGACGAUGUAGCUCUGGCAUCCUUCUUUGGAAGGAUUGAGGAUAUUGUUCACAGAAGCGUAGAUCAGAUUCAUACUCCUCGCCCUCAUUUGGACAGUCUGCUUUCUGCGAAUUCUCCUAUUUCACUGCAUCGAAAUGUCAUUAAUCUUGAACUGGAAGAGGAAUUCCAGGGGUUUCAUGGUAGCAUUUUAUCUGCUAUGGGAGAAACAUUUGAAUGGUACUUCGUUCUGUCGGAUGACAAACGGAAAUCACGUUAUCUUACGGCCGAUGAAAUCUUGGAAAUUCUUACUUCAUUUCUGGAGAAUCUAUCUCUAUCCCCCGGAAAAAGAUGGGUACUCAUCGGUGCUGAGAUCGAUGGAAAAGCAAUGAAAGCCUUGCAAGAGCACGUGAGUUUCUUGAAGAAUAUAAUCCACUUUGUCAAACAAAGGAAUGGUUAUCCCAGAGAAGAUUUCUUGGCUCAUAUUCAAGCUGUUGCCCUAGAGGUUUCACUUCUCCUUUUCCAGUGUGAAGCUUGCGAGUAUGGAGAUGUUCUUAAUCACCAGCUUCUUCGUCAUGAAAUCCAGAUGAAUAUUUCAAUAUUGAUCCGAAAGAUCGAGCCUAAUGAUCCGCAUGUCAUGAGCGCUUACCAUGAAUCCCUGUGA